UCCUACCUCCCAUCCCCCACUUUACUUAUAACUGAAUGGGAAGGAUCGUGGCUUUAGAAGUGUAAUGUGAGCCCGCUAACCCACUGAACAUGGCUGGAAGACAUCGCCUGGUGUUUUUAAAGAAAACAUUUCCCUUGAUCGCAUCACUGAUGCAUGCUAAUGUCAGAGAGCCUCUGCUGUGCAAGACCUCCAAAGAAGGAGUAGAUCUCUACCCGGGAGCUUCAUCGGCUGCUCAUCUCAUCUGAUUCAUACGAUGAAUGAUAUCACCAUGGAGGAUGAGGAAGAAAAAAAUGCACCGCAACAGAGUCCGUAUAUGCUUUUUCUUCUGGUUCUGGUUUUCUUCAUCACCGGCCUUCUUGGGAUCCUGAUCUGUCAUGUCCUAAAGAAGAAGGGUUAUCGGUGCCGUACAUCACCAGAAGAACCGGACCCUGAGACCAAAGAAGCUCUAAAGGAAGACCAAGAUAGUACAGAUGGAAUCUCUAAUGAAGAUACAGUAGAACGUAUAGUGAAGUGCAUUAUACAAAACGAAGCAAAUGCGGAAGCACUUAAGCAGAUGUUGGGGGACACUGAAGGAGAUGUGCCAAUAGGUCCUGGUUUGUGUCCGCAUCGCGACAGCCAGGAUGCUGGUCCUCCUCAUCAUCAUACGGUACACCUUGGAUCAACACAAGCACCAUGCAUUCACUGUACCCGUAAGAAAAGAAGUCUUUUGCAUCGUAUGGGGAGAUCAAAAGAGGGCAGGGGAAAAUCACACCCAGGAGAGGUUACAGUCUUCUCUGUUGGAAGAUUUAGAGUUACCCAUAUUGGGAAGAAACACAGUAUUCAAGGAUCACAAGAUGACACAAUUGUAAGCAGUGAACCUAUUUCACUAGACAAGGAUCCCGAGGACCAAACAGAGAAAAAAAACCAAAACGGCAUUACAACGCAAGAUUUUCAGGAGCAUGGGGCACCACAUUUGUCACAAAAUGGACCAGGAAUGGUGGGCUCAACAAAGUUUGAGUUUGAAAGGGAUGGCAAGAUUAAGGAUGCGGACAACAACGGGCUAAAAAAAUUUGAAAACAGAAUUCAGAAAAUCUCUGUGAAGACUAAGGCGUCCAAACAAAGACGGAGCAGUGCUCCAGAGCAUACAGCGGCACGAAAGGAAAGUGGAGAUUUAAUAGAAAUGAAGACAGUCAGAUGUCCAGAAAAAAAACCUACAGCAACAGACAAAUAGGUAAAACAGAAUUUCACUUGACACAUGGAAUGUAAUAGGAACGGGCUUGGCCAUUUACUGAAAUGUCUUCAAAAUGACGCAAGCAGGUUGGAACUCAAUGCGGGCGUGUUGUAUCUACGAUAAAUUUAGAUAAUGUGCUCUAAUAUAUGUGGACUUUUUAAAAUAUCUCAACAAAAAGAA